CUUUGGGAGUUUGGGUGAAGAUAGUCAGUCAGAUUAUGGAUUAUAGAUUAUAGAUUAUCUCUCGAUUACGGAUGAGAGUAGAGGGAGAGGGAGUACCAACCCCCACAGGCUGUUCCAUUCAAUUCUUAUCGUCAUCAUCGCCCACCUGCGCAUCCUUCUUCCUUCCAUCUGAAGAAUUUCACUAUUAUCAUGGGCACUGGUGCCUCCAAGAAUCCUGAUAGUUCCCAUGCCGACAGAGAGGAACAGGCCGGAGGCCAACUAUACGUCUCCCUCAAGAUGGAGAACUACACGCACAAAGGGGAGCUCAUACCCCACGUCUACGGUUCCCUACCCGUCGUCGGCUCCUGGGACCCUUCCAAAGCCCUCUCCAUGGAACGUGAAUCGACGUCUACGUGGGAAUUGAGCUUCGUUGCACCUCCUAACCACGAGACAUUGGAUUUUAAGUUUUUGUUGAGACCCAAGUACAGUGAUGCCCCCUGCAUUGUGGAGGAGGGUCCAAACAGGCAAUUGAGUGGGGGUGCAUUACAGGGGGAUCGACAGUCCGCUGUGUUUAAAAUCGGUGAUGAUGUGGUUCUUGAGUUCCGAGUGCACAUUAAGGCAGAUAGAGUUUCGCCAUUUGAUCUUGCAGCAAGUUGGAGAGCAUAUCAGGAAAAUUUUCAGCUAUCCAGCGUUCGUGGAAUCCCAGAUGUCAGCAUCAAUUCUGUUGCUGAGGACCGUGUUGAGAAUGGAUCUAGGGGAAGUUUGGAGCUUGAUCUGGAGCACUAUGUUGUCCCAGCUCCAUCCACUUCUGCAAACUCAGGUCUGGUUUAUGCAGCUAACCUGACAGAAACUCCUAGGUCACUGAGUCAUGUAGGUGUGUUUUCCCGGACUGAUGGAUCUAGUGGGGCAUUACAUAGCCAAAGAGAUACUGGUGUUUCUGUUGAUCGACCCGAUUUGCUGGGGAUGGAAGUCAGUGUCCCCGACACAUCAAAGUUGUCUUCAGGAUCUGGUUUGGUUGAGUCAAAGUCAGUUGGAACAUUUUCUUCCAUGCAGAGACAAGAUAGUCACAGAGGACUCUUUGUGGAUAGGGGGGUUGGAUCUCCUAGAUUAGUGAAAUCAGCUAGUGCAACGACUUUCUCUGUUGAUAACAAAAUUGAUUCAGAUUCUAAGAAUUCCAUGCCAGCUGCUGCUGGAGCUGUUGCAGCUGCAGCAAUAGCAGAUCAGAUGCUUGGACCAAAGGAGGAUAGACAUCUGGCAAUUGUUUUGGUUGGGUUGCCUGCACGUGGAAAAACUUUCACUGCAGCUAAACUUACUCGGUAUCUUCGUUGGUUAGGCCAUGACACAAAGCACUUCAAUGUUGGGAAGUAUCGGAGACUGAAACAUGGAGUUAACCAGGUCCUGACAGCUGACUUUUUCCGAGGCGACAAUCCAGAAGGCCUGGAGGCACGUAAUGAGGUAGCAGCACUAGCCAUGGAGGAUAUGAUAGCUUGGAUGCAUGAGCGUGGCCAGGUUGGCAUAUUCGAUGCUACAAACAGUACCAGGAAUAGGAGGAAUAUGCUUAUGAAAAUGGCUGAAGGCAAAUGCAAGAUUAUCUUUCUGGAAACAAUAUGCAAUGAUCGAAAAAUAAUUGAAAGAAAUAUACGACUCAAGGUUCAACAAAGUCCAGACUACGCUGAAGAGCCAGAUUUUGAAGCUGGGUAUAAUGACUUCAAGAGCCGACUAGAAAAUUAUGAGAAGGUUUAUGAGCCAGUGGAAGAAGGUUCGUAUAUCAAAAUGAUUGAUAUGGUCAGUGGUCAUGGAGGACAAAUACAAGUGAACAACAUUAGUGGCUACCUUCCUGGGCGAAUAGUAUUCUUCCUGGUUAACACGCAUCUGACACCCCGCCCAAUUUUGCUUACGAGGCAUGGAGAGAGUUUGGAUAACGUCAGAGGACGAAUUGGGGGUGACAGUGUGAUCAGCGAUACUGGAGUGGUUUACUCCAAGAAACUUGCAAAUUUCAUCGAGAAACGUUUGAAAAAUGAAAGGGCUGCCUCUAUAUGGACUAGUACAUUGCAGAGAACUAUUUUAACAGCAAGUCCAAUAGUUGGAUUUCCAAAGAUACAAUGGCGUGCACUUGACGAAAUAAAUGCUGGUGUAUGCGAUGGGAUGACCUAUGAAGAAAUAAAGAAAAAUAUGCCAGAGGAAUACGAAUCCCGCAAAAAGGACAAGCUAAGGUAUAGAUAUCCUCGCGGGGAGUCUUAUCUUGAUGUUAUACAAAGGCUAGAGCCUGUAAUUAUUGAGCUGGAACGGCAAAGAGCUCCGGUUGUGGUGAUAUCUCACCAGGCAGUGCUGCGGGCUUUAUAUGCUUAUUUCGCCGACAGACCUUUGAAAGAGAUUCCCCACAUCGAGAUGCCGCUCCACACAAUAAUAGAGAUACAAAUGGGAGUCACCGGAGUCCAGGAAAAACGAUACAAGCUCAUGUGAUAGCUGGUAUUGCAUUCCCAAUUCACAAAGAACACUCCUGCAUAAAUAUAGAUGACAUGAAAUGAUAAAUCCCAAUUAAAUGAAUCAAUAUUUCUCUCAUUGUAGCACAAAAACAUGACACUAACUAUUGCUACUUGUGUGUUUUGCCUCAAAUCAAAUUACACUUUGUUGUUAACAGUGUCUACUUGUAUAUAAUCAUUACUGUCAUGUUAUAAGUACAAUUUAAUUCCUGAAAUUAAUUAAGUUUUUUUGCCUU